GAAAGAUGGACGCCCUGACGUUUGGCUCUCACAGGUAAACGGCCGAUCGGUUCACAUAAAUUUUCGAAAAACUUUCAAUUAAGUAAGUGUUGCCUCACGGAAUUCUAUUUUGUUUUUUGUAGGCUAGUUCAUUUAGAUCUCAAGGGUGCCCCGCCGCGAGUCUGUUAUUUCGAAAAGGUCUGUUACCUGAAUAAAUAAAUCGAGCAAAUAAUUGAAUAAUUAUUGUUUACACUCGUCUCUUAUCUCCGUUCUGAUAACAGUAUCAUUGAAUGAAAGUUACAACGACACUCAGCUUUUUUUUCCUAUAGCUUUUCGAAUAUCGCCGACACUCGAUUUUUUUCGUACAAUCAAUACCUUUUCGUUUGUGAUAAACAUCUGGAUUUAAAAUGAACUUGUAUGCGCAACAUGGCACAAUUUUCAUAUAUGUAUACUGUCAUAUGUAUAUGUAUAUGUGUAUGUAGUUAUCACUGUGCACAAUAAUUAUGUUAAUGUAAUGCUUGCAUAUCUUGAUUUUUAACAGUUAUGAUGAUCUAACUGUUAAAAAUUGAUAAUUAAUAUUGCAGCUGUUCCCAUUAUUAAGAACAUGGGGUGCGACUGGGCUCUUACUAGAAUGGGAAGACACAUUUCCAUACAAUCGGGAGCUUUCUCAUAUAGGAAGCAAUGGAUUAAGCAGUCUAAUCAGUGGAUAUACAGUACAGGAGGCCAGACAUAUUCUACAAAUUGCAGGGGAUUGUGGUUUAGCAGUUGUUCCAUUAGUACAAACAUUUGGUCACAUGGAGUUUGUUUUAAAACAUGAUGAAUGGAGGUCCUUGAGAGAAGUGGAGCACUUCCCAAGCUCAAUUUGUCCGUCUAAUCCAAGAACAUUGUCUUUGGUAAAGAACUUGAUUCGACAAAUAGUUAAUUUUCAUCCAGAUAUACAAUAUUUGCACAUUGGUGCAGACGAAGUUUGGCAUUUAGGCCUUUGCUCAGUUUGUAUAAAACGUGCUGCCUCUAGUAAAUAUGGGAAACCGUCUCUGUACCUGGAACACGUUUUGGCUAUUGCACAAUAUGUACAAGAAACAUAUCCAUACUUAAAGAUUAUCAUAUGGGAUGAUAUGUUAAGAUCGAUAGAUUUACAAGUUUUGAACGAACUUUGGGACAAAUACACUGCAAUUUUUCCCCGUAUUUGGGCGGCUACUGCAUUUAAAGGUGCUACUGGAUCUUCUCAGCAUGUACCAAUUAUAAGACAUCAUAUAAGCAAUCAUGAAAAGUGGUUAGAGGAAUUAAGUAUACACGUAAAUAAAGUUCAUGAAUUUCGAGGAACAGUAUUCACUGGGUGGUCAAGGUAUGAUCACUACGCAACAUUCUGCGAAUUAUUACCUACCGCAAUACCAUCGUUGGCAUUAUGCUUAAAAGUCUGGCUUCAUGGUUAUUCUGAACAAAUUCACAAUCAAGUGGCUAAAAAUUUAGGAUAUAUAGAUCACCCUUUACACAUAACACCACAGCUUAGACCUGCUCCAAUACCCAGUAACCUACUUUUUCCUGGAUGGCAAGUUGCAGUAGGAGUAGAAUGGUUUUUAAAUUUCCGAACUAAAUUUCAUAAUAUUGUUUCCAGUGAACAACUUCUAUUAGAAUUAUCUUCCUUAGAGGGAUAUUUAAGAUUUCAAAUGGAAAGUAUUUUCUUUCCAUCAAUGAUCGAUGAAUGGAUAGGUACAAAUAUUCAGCCCAUCAAAGGGAAACUUGUGGAAUUAAAACAAACUACAGAAAAUCAAAUCAAAAUAAACAGUCGAGUUUAAUAUUUUAAAUAAGUAUUUGCAGAAUUUCUGCUUUAGAUCUCAAUGA